GUCCAUUACUUCAGCUAGUGAGGUUUUUGACAUCCCUAGAGAAUCCAAAAGGCCAAAAAGAAAUAAAGAAUCAAAACAAACUGGAAAGGUGGUAGCAACCGAUCGAUAGAUCAAAGUUCUAUCGAUUUUUCUGUGAAUUUUGAAUCAGCAGGGCUGUUGUGCAACAGCUGUGUUAAAAUGUCUGGCCAUGGUCCUAGUCGUUUUUUCCAAAAUACGUUCCAGGACUACGCUGGUGGCCAGGUAGUUAGAAACGAUGAUCACAUUCACGGAUUGAUCCAAUCGUACGUGAAUCUCAUCGUGGACAACACUCGUCCAGGCAGAAACAGUGACCAUCGCGGUGAUCUCUACGUGGGCGAUGCUGGCAUCGCCUAUAUGUUUUUGAGAUUAUAUGAAAUGGGACUUUUUGGAGCUGAAGCCUUGCAGUACGCUAAGCAGUAUGUGGCCAACGCUAAAGAAAAAGCAAUACGUUAUGCUGCUCGACCGGAGGAGCGCUGUUCUUUUCUUUGUGGCAAUGCUGGUAUAUAUGCGGUUUCGGCAGUGGUCUGUCAUAAGAUGGGACAACGGCAAGAGAUGGACGAAGAUCUGAGAAAUUUCGCAUCAGGAAUUACGGUAUGUAAAAAAAUCGAUUUCAAUAAAAAUGGAAGCGAUGAACUGCUUUUCGGAAGAGCCGGAUAUUUAAGCGGGAUAUACUGGCUGCAUCAGAAUAUCGAUAAAAGGCUUUUUUCGCAUGAAACAAUGAAUGUUAUUUCCGGGAUUAUAAUCGAUAGUGGAAAACGGUAUUCUGCUGCUAAAAGAAGUCCCUUUCCUUUGAUGUAUCACUGCUGGGGAGAUGAAUAUUUGGGAGCUGCUCACGGUGUAUCUUCGAUAAUGCACAUGUUACUGGAGUCACCGCUCCAGGGAAAUCCGAAUAGUAAUGAAAUGGCGGCAGUACGAGCAACAAUAAACAGCCUUCUAUCUCUUCAGGAUGCGGAAGGAAAUUUUCCUGUAACUUUGCAAGACUAUAUACAACGAACGAGAGAUGAAACUUUAGUGCAUUGGUGUCAUGGUGCACCCGGAAUCGUAUAUCUGAUGGCAAAAGCGUAUAUUAUAUUUAAGGACCAAAAAUAUCUGCAAUCAUGUGUUCGUUGUGCCGACCUAGUUUGGCGCAAAGGAUUGCUGCGCAAAGGUCCUGGCAUUUGCCAUGGCGUUGCCGGCAAUGGCUACGUCUUCCUACUUCUCUACAGACUGACAGCGGACCCGAAAUACCUCUAUCGAGCGAUUAAAUUUAUGGAGUUUCUAACGCACGAAGAGUUCAUCCGAUACGCACGCAACCCGGAUCGUCCGUUUAGCUUAUACGAAGGCUACGCGGGUACUGUAUGUUUCUUAUUAGAUUUAUUGCGACCGGAGCGUGCCAGCUUUCCAUUUAUGGACGUGUUUGAUACCAAGUGUUAGGCUAGUAUAUGCCGAUUUUUUCAUGGUGUUGAUCAAAUUUAGAUGUGUCUCACGAGAAUAAAUUAAGUUUUGAUUCCUUUCA